GGACAGGUGAGGACGCUCUUUCGAAUCAAUUAGACUGUGGCUUUGUGUGUAAAAAAAGAGUUACAUUUACUGCGACGAACUGAGUUUUUAAUUCUAAUUCAAUAUCACUUUUAAAGCUUUUAAAAGUUAAAAAGCCUCGAAAACGUUUGUCGUAUUGCUAUGGCUCAUGUCAUGGAGGAUGAGAGCAUCUGGGCCGAUACAGCAGCAGUAGUUGGGGACAUUGAUCGACCCGGGCCGGAUGAAAACAGCCCUGAAACUAAUUUGGAGAACUGUGAAGCUUCUGGAGGAUUUUACUGCACAUCUGAAGGGUUUUCUGAAGCUCUUAGAUCUGUUGCAAGCUCACAAUUAUGGAACAUUAUGGGUCUUUCUCUGCCCAUUUCCUCUCUCUUCUCUCUGGAGAGCUCCGGUCUGAAAUCAUCUGAUGUGCACUGUGUGGAAAGUGAGGUGAAAGGGGCAGAUGCUACAGAUGUCAGUUCUCAACCAGAGGAAACAUAUGUUGCCCAAUUCGAAUCGGAGUACAUCAGCAGUUCGGUCCCUUUGUAUCAGGAGUAUUGGAUGAACCAUAUGAAGAAAGAUAUACACAAAGCACAGAACUCUGGACUUUCAGAAUUGGUGACAUUUGUCCGUCUUCCUGGUCUGAAAACUCCCCCUGCUUUAAGCCUGACCACUGUGUUAAGCCCCACCACUCUGCUGAGCCCACCAGGACUACAGGCUAAGCCAUACGCUCUGUGGCAGGAGCUACCGCAAGUAAAGAGUAUGCUGAACACCCUCAGUGCGCAUGAGAUCCAGCUUCAGGAGGCGAUGUUUGAGCUGAUUGUGUCAGAGGCCUCGUAUCAGAAGAGUUUGAUAAUAGCACUGAAUGUGUUUCAGUGCUCCGCAGAACUCAAACAGAUCCUGUCCCGUGUGCAACAUCAUGUUCUGUUCUCUAACCUAAAGGACGUCUGCAGAGUCAGUGAACGCUUUCUGCAGGACAUGGAGUCCCAUCUUGGGCAGCAUGUGGUGAUGUCAAAGGUCGGUGAUAUUGUUUUGAAACACCAGCAAGGCUUCCAAAAAGUCUAUGUGCCGUAUAUCACCAACAUGAUGUACCAGGAGGCUCUCAUCACUCAGCUGCUGCAGGGAAACAAGAAAUUUGCACUGAUCCUGAAGAAACUAGAGAAAGAUCCACAAUGCCAGAGACAAAUGCUCAAGUCUUUCCUGGUUCUUCCCUUCCAGAGGAUCACAAGAAUGACACUCUUACUUGAGAACAUCCUCAAGCGAGCUAAAGGUGUUUGUUCUAAAGUCCCUAAUCUGACGGAAGCCAUUGAAGCUGUACGUAAGAUAGUGGAAGAGUGUGACACAAGUGUCCAACAAAUGAAGAGGACAGAGCUGCUUGUUUGUUUGGACAAGUUAGUGGACUUUGGAAAUGUUAAGUCCGUUCCAUUGAUCACCAGAGGGCGGCAUUUGAUUCAAGAGGGAGCUCUGAAGCAUCUAAUUGUUGGUGGCAGCCACAAAGUCUCCAUAGUCUCUCGCAAAGAUGUGUAUAUACACCUUUUCAAUGAUCUCCUGCUCCUCUCUGUUAAAAGUGGACACAGGUUUGUUGUGCAGGACCAUGCACUAUUUCCUGAUAAUGUGCGUGUGGAGGAAAUCAAAACAAUUCUGGAAUUAGCUCCCGAAUCCUUCUUGCUGCAUCUAACUAAGAGUGACAAUAGAUCUUCCAGUGCUCUGAUACUGGCUGCACACACGAGAUCAGAAAAAGACACCUGGAUGAGAGUUUUCUCUGAAAAAUAGGAAACUGCAAGUGUGGAAAUGCAACAAAGAAGAAUGCUCUUUAAGAAAUGGGCACCAUGACAUGUUCUAAAAUACUAACUGCAAUGGACAUUUUAAUUUUUUGAAUAUUAAUAUGUGUAUUCUUAAAUAAAAGGCUGUAAGCAACUGA